AUGAGGAUAGUGUGUAAGGACGUGACGGCGGAGACGCUGUACGACGUCCUCCAUGACACCAACUACCGCAGGAAGUGGGACACCAACAUGAUCGACACGUACGACAUCGGCAGGCUGACCGCCAACGCCGACAUCGGAUAUUACUCCUGGAAAUGCCCGAGCCCUCUGAAGAACAGAGACUUUGUGACGAUGAGAUCUUGGCUUCCUCUCGGCAACGACUACCUGAUCAUCAACUACUCCGUCAAACACCCGCAACAUCCCCCUAAGAAGGACUACGUCCGAGCCGUGUCCCUACUGACCGGAUACCUGAUCCAGUCCAACGGAGCCAACUGCUCCACCCUGUACUACCUGACCCAGGUGGACCCCAAAGGUUCGUUACCUAAGUGGGUGGUGAACAGAGUCUCCCAGUUUGUGGCGCCAAAGGCGAUGAGGAAGAUCUACAAGGCGUCCCUGAAGUAUCCGGAGUGGAAGAGGAAGCACAACCCGAACCUGAAGCCGUGGAUGUUCCCGGAGCAGAACACGCUGCCCUGCGUCAGCGUGUCGGAGCUGACGCUGCAGCGAGCCGACUCUCUGGAGAACAUCGACGAGAGCGGCCUGAGCGAGGAGACGCGCCACAGCGACGAAGAGACUUAGACCUCCCGACAGACUGACACGGCGACGCUCCUCCUGUCUGAUUUCCUGUUUGUUGGUCACGCUGAUGAGAGCCGGACUGUUUCUAUCUGAUCACGUUUGACCUUCUCCGAUGACCUGUCAGUUUUAUUUCCCAUCAGCACGUCUGUCUGUAACGUUCAGUGUUAAACGGGUUUUUCCAGCUUCAGUUGGUUCAGCUGAUGAUGAAAGCCUCUGCACAUCCUCGCAGGUGUUCUCAGGCGAUCUGCUCACUAAACAGCAUGUUCUAACAAGGUUAUUUUUGACUUUUUUCUAAAUUGUAUUCUCUUUUGCAUCAAUAAAAAGAACAUACAGUGGAA